AUGGAUACUAUCCGGUCGCAAACCCAGGGAUCUAACUCCCAAAACUCGAUCCCAUCGGAUCAGAUCACCUCGAACAUCAGUAGCAGCCAAACUGCUGAUGCAUCGAGAGAUCAGAUCGCGUCGAAUGUUGGUAGCCGCCAAACUGCCAACACUUCGAAUACGCCGAUCACAUCUGCUACCGCCUCCACUGGAGUGCAGCUUAGCACUCCACCUCGCGUGGAACCAGUGGUGAUCAAUCUCGCCACGCCGGUAGCAACCCCGAGCCCGAUUCUACCGAAUCUGGGUUCGCACACCAUCGAGAGACCUCUCUCUCGAGUUUGGGUCAGAUCGGAAGAUCCCCCAACAACUGUGACUCCACAGAGUCGGACUAUUCCUGUUCGACCUGCAUCUGCGACGCAAACUCCUCCGCGAGCUAGUCCAGAUGAUCUGGCACAGAUCAAACAGCUUCUCACCAACCUGGUAAACGGUCAGCGCGACCACGAAACUAGGCUGGAGAGACAUGAGAGACGCCUCGCUGAAUCUCGAAACAUCACUAGCCCGCCUCCGCGGACUCAGCUCGAUUUUUCGACGAUCUACGCAUCUGGCGUACCUCAGGCGCAAUUCGUUACGCCUUCGCGACCUCAAGUCUCUCAGACUUUCGGUCCACCGCCGAGCUCGCCACCAGUUGGCAUAAACAAUACGAGCUCGCACCCAAGCGAGACGAGAGCUCAACCGAACGUUCCGCUCUCAUCUCCACCCCCAGGGCCACCUGGUACCGAUCCAGCUAGGCCUAGGUGGUUUGGCGCUUCAGCUUUUGCCUCGAGCUCGCAGGCAAUGCCUCAGUUUGAGAAUCAGCUAGGCGCGACAUACGGUUCACAGCCCUCCGCAACAGCGCGAGAGCACGUGAACGGGAAUUAUCAACAAUUCCCUAGCUCGAACGGUCAGCCCAAUCGAGCUCAAUUCCAAGGAGCUAACGAUUCCAUGAAUCAAGCUCCAUUCUAUCCGAUUCCAGCUAAUCGGAAUCCAGCUGAUCCACGUAACCUCGUCGACAGCGAAUCUUUCGAAAGAUUCCAAGAUCGCACAGACCUCGCGUUUCAGCAUAUGAGCUCAAUGUUUCAUCAAGCAACGAGCUCAGCUCCUGAUAUCGACAGAGUGAUUAAAGAGUCUAGACGAACUCCUUUUUCACUCAGGAUCAAAAGUACCUAUAUCCGAGAUACCAGCAAGCUGCGUAUCCCAGAAUACUCUGGUAACAGCGAUCCGAGAGCUUACAUGCGAGCUUUUAACCUCGUCGUAUCUCGAGUUCCUUUCUCUCCAGAAGAGAUAGAAGCAGCCUACUGCAGGCUCUUCGCUGAGAACCUGAUCGGACCAGCUCAAGAAUGGUUCUCAACGCUGGACGAAAACUCAAUCGAUAAUUUCGACCAGCUCCAAUCAGCCUUCCUAAAACAGUAUUCGAUCUUCAUCGAAUCUAAAAUUACGGAAGCAGACCUUUGGAGACUUUCUCAAGGUCCAAAGGAAUCACUUCGAUCUUACAUUGACAGAUUCAAAUCAGUCAAAGCUAAGAUCACAAACCCUAAUGAGGCAGUAGCUCUACUUGCCCUCAAAAACAACUUGUGGUACGAAUCGAAAUUUAGAGAAGAACUAACUGUUCGACCUACAAUUUCACUAGAUGACGCAUUACAUCGCGCAUCAGCAUUCGCAACUCUCGAGGAAGACACAGCUCUCCUCAGAGAAAAGUACCUCAAAGGGGAGCUCGCAUAUGCUCCACCAGGUGCUAAGAAAACUGCACCAGCUAAACCACCUUCGCAGAGUAAAGGACAACAUUCCUACUCUAUCGAAACUUCAGCUCCCAUAAAGAGCUCGGAGGAAGAAGAGAAACACUGCGAUAUUCACAAUACAAACGGCCAUUCCACAGAGGAAUGCCGUGCUAAAGGCAAAAAGUCUAGCAAAAAGAAGGGAAAAAGCAAAACAGCUGAAACCGCGGUUAAGGCCGAAAAGCCAAAACCCAAACCAGCUAAAGACUCCGACAACGCACCUCAGAAAAGAGAACGCGAAGUCGAGGUCUGA